CUAGAGCAUUACUGGAACCACAUGACACUUUGAAUGGAAAUAAUUUGUUUUAUUACUUGAGAAUGGCAUUAGCACUUCUUCCAGAAUAUCAUGCCGAUAAGACUUUUGGAAUCUUUGAUCAAAGCAGAAAAUUUUUAUUUAUGGGUUAUCCAUCAGAACCACUUGUUGCUGAAUGUGCUGCUCAAUGCAUGAAUUGUGAUAAGAUCAAAUUAGAAGAUUUAAUUUACCCACUCAUUGAUCUUAUUCGAAAAGGUGUGGUAGAAGGUGGUUAUCGUGGCGAGUUGGUUGCUCAGAUUCUACUCAUGUUAGCCUGGGACACAUCAUGCCGAAAGAAACAUAUUAAUAUAGCGACUACCAAUGUAAAGAAACAUAAACCGAUUAUUUAUACACGACCACUGCUUGUGAAGGAAUUUUUGGAAACAUUCAUUAGGAGAUCAGAGUGGGAACAUGCUCUUGAAGGACAAGUUGAUUUGCAACUGCAAGAAAAUUUCAUGAACGGCAUCAUAUUUUUCACGCACUUUGUUUCAGUUGUUUACACACCAAGCCAGGAUCAGUUACGUCAUUUUCUCCAGCAUGCUGCUGCAGUUAGUUGCCGUAGAAAUCAGAGUGGUGUUGACAUCAUCAUUCCAGUUCUUUUGAAUGAUGAGAAAGUCACUUAUAUUCUCAUUCAAGUUUGUAAUUAUACAGUAUCGGACUCAAAGUAUAAACAUGCUAGUCAAUUUGUCAAUCCAGCUUAUGCAAAUAUUGAAGAAGAUCCACAGGCUGCAUAUCUCUCACUAUAUAUGCAACUUGGUUAUUUAAGAGGUAAUAUAUAUAAUCUGAAGUAUGAAACAUAUUCAGAAGAAUCAUAUAAUCUUCCACCAUCAAAGAAGUCCAAGGUAGACAAUAUUAGCUCUGAAAGUCAGGCAAAAAUACCAAACGAAAAACAAGAACACAAAGCAUCUUGUAUCAAGCAUCAAAUGAUUCUUGGUCUCUUUGGGCUACAGCCAUUUGUUUACCAUUUCUAG